UAAAUAAUCCUUGUCAUUUAUCAGGAAACGAACCCAACGAAAAGGUACAACUCAAAUCAGCAGAGAGAAACUCCAUUGCCAAAAGCUCAACAGCGUCUUCUCAUCUUCUUCUCCGAAUUCAAAUAGCUACCAACGUUCCUUGAAUUCGAUCGAACCCUAAUCUCGACCCCUUGCUUGCGUUCGAUCUCGCUGGACUGUCCUCCACUCGAUCUCACUAACAGAACAAUGGUACCGAAUGAAGGAGAUACUGUGAUGGGCAAGAGAAAGGGGGAAGAGCUUACAGUGCCUGAAGGGAUUAAGAAAAAGAAGAAACAAGUUACCACACCUCGUCCCGCAUGCUCCUGGGUGCAUUUUAGCCGAGAGUUUAUUAAGGAGUAUAGUGCUUCCCAUCCCGAAUCUUCAGGCCUGAAAGCUGCUACAAAGGCAGCUUCUGAUGCAUGGAAAUCAAUGAGUGUUGAGGAGAAAGCUAAAUACACCAGGCGUGCCCGUGAAGUGUGGGAUAACUACUUGAGCACUGCUCCUGCCCGUGUCCCAAAGCCGAGAAGACAGGCCAAACUAAUCACAAGGUGCUCUCCUGGACGUUUAUUCAAUGUGUUACAACGCCUUUCCCCUGAUCAAAAAGCUGCUGUGAAAGGCAUGGGAUUUGGUAGCCUCCUUGGUCUUAGAUGUCGAACCCUCCGUCGCAGUUUGUGCCUUUGGCUAUUAGAGAGGUUCAAUACUGCACGAAGCAGCAUGAAUAUUUGUGGUGAGCGCAUUCCUUUAUCACCACAGGAUGUGGAACUCGUGCUUGGAUUAGCAGCAAGUGGGAAGGAUGUGGUGAACUCAGGUCCUGAUGAACUAAUUGCAGAAUUGCGUCUUAGUUACACUGAUUCAAAUCGUGGGAUAUCUCUUCGGCUUUUGGAGGAUAGGUUGGCAGCCCCAGAAGCAGGAGAUGAUUUUAAGAGGUCGUUUGUCCUCUAUGCAUUAGGCACUCUUUUGUGCCCUACAGCAAGGCUGGAUGUAAGUCCUUCUUUCCUCCACUUCUUGAUAAAUAUGGAUAUCAUCCAUCAGUACAACUGGGGAAAGUUCUUACUUGACCGUCUAGUUCGGGAGGUAUCACGUUUCCGUCAAGGGAAGCAACGUGCAGUUGGUGGUUGCCUUUUAUUUCUCCAGCUUUUCUACUAUGAGAGAAUCUCUGUUGGAGGGCCUUGUGAAUUGGUCCCCAUUGUUGCUCCCUGCUUGUCCUCAUGGGGUGAGGAAGAAAUUACUGAGAGGGAGAAGCGAGAAAAGGAGCUUGGUGGCUAUGGACGUGGCGAGGUAAUUUACAAGGAGAGGUGCCAUGGGAUGGAGUUAGUGGUGGACAGAACUCAACCGGAUGACUUGCUAGUGAGAGAAGUGGACACCAUAGUCGAGCAUGGUCUUGACUUUGCUGAUGAGGGUAACCCGACAAAAGAGGAUCAAAUAAAUGGAGAAAUUGUUAUGGAGGAGGCAAAAGAGGAUCAAAUAAAUAGGGCAAUUGUUAUAGAGGAGGAAAAUAUGUCAUUAGUUGGGGAUGUAGAGGUGGUUGUUGAACCAGUCAGAAUGUUGUGCCGAAACAGAGCCUAUGGUUGCACGGAAACAUUAAAUUACACGGAGAAAACUGACCACGAAGAAACAUGUGCCUAUGCACCAUGUCCAUGCCCUCUUCAGGACUGCAGCUUUGUUGGCUCAGCCGAACAGUUAUCACUUCACUUCAGCAGUAAACAUUGGGAUUCUGGAAGGCAUUUCCAAUACAACUGCCCUUUACAUGUCUACUUGUGUAAGGACGAACAGUUUCUCAUUCUUCAAGCCGAGGAAGACGGUCUUCUCUUUCUCCUCAACAAAGGGAUUGAAAAUAUCGGGCUUACGGUCAUGAUAACUUGUAUUGGGCCAAGUUCUUCGAAGGAGCAGUUCUUCUAUGACGUCGUUUCAGAGAGAGGAAUAAGCUCUCUUCGGUUGAAAUCGUGCACACAAAAUUUUCCUGGGCACGUGGAAGGUCUUCCUCCCGUAGAUUUUCUUUUGAUUCCAUUUGGUUACGUUAGUUCAUCAGGGCAGCUGAAUUUGGAGGUUUGUAUAUGGAAUUCAACAGAACUUGGUGCUGAUUGAACCUUUUUUUAGUUUGGUGAAUUUAUGAUUGUGGGGUUUAACUUCAGCAAAUACUAUAGCUCUCUCUCUCUCUCGGUUCUAUUUGUGAUGCUAUCUAGAUGAAGAUGGGAUUUGAUCCCCAUGCUUUUGGGACAUUUAUUUUUUGAAAAACUGGAAAUAUAGUCACAAAGGUCUAGUUGUACAUCAUGCUUGUGGAGCUCCCAAUCUUCUCUUUUUGGGAUUGUGAAUUAGUUUCAUAUUUUGAUAGAGUACUAUUUUACUCA